AUGGCAAAGGAACAGCCUCAAGGUCUUGCCUUAAGGAGGAAGUUGGAGAGGCUGCAGUUGGAGUUGAGCAGCAUUAACCGUGGAAGUCAAUCUUAUGUACCGGGGCAGGGAAUUCAUGGAAAUUGGGGGUUUCCUAGAUAUGGUGUUGGAGAGGAAGUUCAUGAUCAAACAGAAGCUGAUCAUCCUGUGUUUGAUAAAGGAGAUUAUUCAGUGUUCAAUUUCACAGUUGAGGAACCGGUGAUUGACAUUAAACAUCCUGCCAGGGAAAGCAAACCUGAACCAGUGGCUAAUCCGUGUAUCCAUCGUCGUGAAGGUUUCUACAGCAAUGCCUUGGACAUUUCCAAGGCAAAAGGGUAUGAUCCUUCUUUCCUUCUCUAUUUUGUUUUGCCGAUAUUAUCUGAUAAACUCUACAAUUCAGAUUGUUUCUCUGAAGCUCUUACUCCAACUCUAGCCUUGCUUGAGCCUGCUAUGAUGAAUUCGGCCUUCGGGGUCAACCCGGCGGCUUCUACUAAGAAGGCGGCGCUUCGUUCCCUUUGUAAUGUGUAA